AUGAUGAGCUCGUCAAGUACCCAACACCGUCGAAACCAGUCGCUUGAUCCAUUUUCAGAUCCCGAUGUCUAUUAUGGAGGCGAAGAUGGCACCGCGCGCAUCCGGGAUCGCAAGCGAGCAUUCUCAUCGACUCUGAAGUCCUUCAAUCGAGAGGACAUUCAAGAAUUUCUGGGAGGCGGUUUUCCUGCCAGAAGAGCCAGUCACGAUGAGACUCCUGCAAACCCACGCAAAUUCCUUAUUGAUGUUGACAAAACACUGCACGAUCUCCUGGAGCGGGAGGACACGGAUCGCAACAUGCAGAUUACGAUCGAAGACGUUGGCCCAAAGGUAUUCUCUGUAGGAACGGCUGCAUCGUCGGGAUACAACAGAUUCGACUUGCGAGGCACAUACAUGCUAUCCAACCUACUUCAGGAACUCACAAUUGCACAGGACUACGGUCGCAAGACCAUUGUUCUGGAUGAGGCUCGUCUGAGCGAGAACCCAGUCUCUCGUCUCUCUCGUCUGAUCAAGAACUCGUUCUGGACGGCCCUGACCCGGCGGAUCGAUGGUUCAAACAUCGCAGAAGCUGGCAAAGACCCCAAAGAUUGGACUGAUGACCCCAGGCCUCGGAUCUACAUCCCCGUGGGGGCUCCCGAGCAGUAUGAAUAUUACAAGAAGAUUGCAGAAGAUUACCCCGAGCUACGCUUGGACGUUGUGAUGUUGGAGGCCGACAUUACACCGGAUUAUGUGAAGGAUCUAAACAGCAAACCUGGAAUGUUGGCCCUGGCGAUGGACAAGAAGGUCGACGAGGCCACCGGAAAGACGGAGUACACUGGUGUUCCCUUCGUCGUGCCUGGAGGCAGAUUUAAUGAGUUGUACGGCUGGGAUAGUUAUAUGAUCUCGCUCGGUCUACUGGUCAGCAACAGGGUUGAUCUAGCCAAGGCUAUGGUGAUCAACUUUUGUUUCUGUAUUAAGCAUUACGCGAAGAUUCUGAAUGCUAACCGAUCCUACUAUCUCAUGCGCUCUCAGCCACCGUUCCUGACCGAUAUGGCUCUGCGUGUGUACGAGCGGAUCAAGAACGAACCCGAUGCCAUGGAUUUCCUGCGGAGCGCCACUCUGGCCGCCAUCAAGGAAUACUACAGCGUGUGGACGGCGGAGCCGCGGUUUGACCCGGUGUCUGGUCUCUCCAGGUAUCGUCCCCAAGGUAGUGGUGUGCCGCCCGAGACCGAGCCGACUCAUUUCUAUCACAUUCUCACCCCCUACGCCGAGAAGCAUGGAAUGUCUUUCGACGAAUUCGUGCAGGCCUACAACGAACGGAAGGUAUUGGAGCCGGAGCUUGACGAGUAUUUCCUGCACGAUCGAGCCGUCCGAGAGUCCGGACACGAUACCAGCUACCGUCUGGAAAAAGUCUGUGCCAAUUUGGCAACAGUCGAUCUCAACUCGUUGUUGUACAAGUAUGAGGUGGACAUUGCGCGGAUUAUCCGCACCUAUUUCAAGGACAAGUUGGAAAUCCCACCUGAGUUCCGGACGGAGGCCACCAAAGACAUGGCCUUCGAGUCUUCGUCCGUGUGGGACCGUCGCGCACGACGCAGAAAGAUGCGCAUGGAUACCUAUCUCUGGGACGAGGAGAAAGGCAUGUACUUUGACUAUGACACGGUCAAGCAAGAGCGGACGAACUACGAAAGUGCUACCACCUAUUGGGCGAUGUGGGCUGGCCUUGCUACACCACAGCAAGCAUCUCAAAUGGUCAAAGCCCUUCAUCGAUUCGAAGCAUAUGGUGGUCUGGUAUCUGGGACUGAAGAGUCGCGGGGUGUCAUCGGAUUGGAUCGUCCGAACCGGCAGUGGGACUACCCCUAUGGCUGGGCGCCACAGCAGAUGCUUGCUUGGACGGGCCUAAUCCGGUAUGGGUACCAAGAUGAGGCGGAACGACUGACCUACAAGUGGCUGUACAUGAUCACCAAGGCGUUUGUGGAUUUCAACGGAGUGGUGGUCGAGAAAUACGAUGUCACUCGGCCCAUUGACCCACAUCGAGUGGAUGCCGAAUACGGCAAUCAGGGCGUGGAUUUCAAGGGGGCUCCCCGUGAAGGAUUCGGUUGGGUUAAUGCCAGUUACGUCUACGGACUGGAGAUUCUCAACGCCCAUCAACGACGUGCUUUGGGAGCCAUUACCCCUUAUGAGACGUACAACAAGGCGAUCACCGUGCAAGACGAAGUGCUGUAA